UUAGCUGAAACAAAAAAUAAUUUGGUUUGUAAAAACCUGUAGUUUAAAGAGAGUUUAAUUGUUCUGUAAUGAAUGUGUAUAAUUCCUAAAUUAUAAUGUUGUUUAAUUGAUAUUAGACUUUAAGUUGAUAAAGGGGCAUAUUAUAUCCAAAGAUCCUUAUCCCUGCAUCAUCAUUUGUCACUUUAGUUAUAGUCAGUUGUAAUAUUUAAGUUAGCAAACAUUUUAUUUUGCAGUUCAUUAAAUUUGAAUUAUCAUUUUGUCAAACAGUGGGUUAAUGGUCUGGAGGUGCUAAUAAUUCUAGAACGUAUUUCAGCCUUACUGUUUUAUGCUAUCACCAUAGUAUGAUUCAUGAUAUUUAGUAUUAUGGCUGAUCCUAAUAAAAUAAAAUAGAGUAUAGAAUUUCUAGUAUUAUAAAACUUUCAUUUAAAGAACUUUUUGAUGAUUUAAAGUUUUACCUUUUCUUUUUAUAGCCAAUUUUGAUAUGAACAGAAAAACCAAGAACAGGGCUAUGUGUGGAGUACGUUUUUCUCUGCCUUGCCUACGACUGUUUCUACUUGUUACCUGUUAUCUUGUGUUACUAUUCCAUAAAGAGAUACUUGGAUGUUCGUCUGUUUGCCAGCUCUGCACUGGGAGACAAAUUAACUGCCGUAACUUAGGCCUUUCAAGCAUUCCUAAGAAUUUUCCUGAAAGUACAGUUUUUCUAUAUCUGACUGGAAAUAAUAUAUCUCAUAUAAAUGAAAGUGAAUUAACUGGACUUCAUUCUCUUGUAGCAUUGUAUUUAGAUAAUUCUAGCAUUGUGUAUGUGUAUCCAAAAGCUUUUGUUCAUUUGAGGCAGCUAUAUUUUCUAUAUCUGAAUAAUAAUUUUAUAAAACGCUUGGAUCCUGGAAUAUUUGAGGGACUUUCCAAUCUUCGUAAUUUAUAUUUACAGUCUAAUCAAGUAUCUUUUGUUCCAAGAGGAGUAUUUCAUGAUCUAGUUUCAGUUCAGUACUUAAAUCUACAAAGAAAUCGCCUCACUGUCCUCGGGAGUGGUACGUUUGUUGGUAUGAUUGCUCUUCGGAUACUUGAUUUAUCAAACAAUAAAAUUUUGAGGAUAUCAGACUCAGGCUUUCAAUACCUUGGAAACCUGGAUUGUUUGUAUCUAGAAGACUUACAUCCAAGGGUCCUUAAGCCAUUGUCUUCAUUGACUCAUCUUCAGGCAAAUUCUAAUCCUUGGGAAUGUAACUGCAAACUAUUGGGUCUUCGCGACUGGUUAGCAUCUUCAGCCAUUACUCUAAACAUCUAUUGUCAGAAUCCCCCAUCCAUGCGUGGCAGAGCAUUGCAUUAUAUUAAAUGGACUGACUUUACAAAUUGCGUUACAUCUUCAACAAAUGUAUCCAGAGCUUGGGCUAUAAAAUCUCUUCAUAUUCAUCACAAGACCACUGCAUUAAUGAUGGCCUGGCAUAAAAUAACCACAAAUGGGAAACAUUUGGAAAACACUGAGAGUGUUACUUUCUGGGAACGAAUUCGUACUUCACCUGCCAGUAGAUUUUUUCAAGAGAAUACCUUUGGUAAUCCAUUAGAGGCUACUGCAGUGUUACCUGUGCAAAUACAGCUUACUUCUCCUGUUAACUUGAACUUGGAAAAAAACAGUGCUCUACCGAUUGAUGCUGCUUCGGUGUCAGGGAAAACAUCUCUAAUUUGUACACAAGAAGUUGAAAAGUUGAAUGAGGCUUUUGACAUUUUGCUAGCUUUUUUUAUUUUAGCUUGUGUUGUAAUCGUUUUUUUGAUCUACAAAGUUGUUCAGUUUAAACAAAAACUAAAGGCACCAGAAAACUCAGGGAAAAAUAGACUUGAAUACUACAGCUUUUAUCAGUCAGCAAGGUAUAAUGUAACAGCUUCAAUCUGUAACACUUCCCCAAAUUCUCUAGAAUGCCCUGGUUUGGAGCAGAUUCGACUUCAUAAACAAAUUGUUCCUGAAAGUGAGGCACAGGUCAUUCUCUUUGAACAUUCUGCAUUAUAAUUCAACUGAAUAUUGACUAUAAGAAAACCUCAGUGUCAUGGACAUGAAUAAAACUGAAGCAUCCUUAUAGAAUUAUAGACUUUAUUUGGAUAUAUAAUGAAUUAUAUGAGCUUAGCAUUAAUAAAUAUAUGUUUUUAAUAA